AUGAAACUCAGAGACAGACAAGACAAGGUGGAACGAGUGCUUACCUUAUAUAAGUCUUCAAAGGGAAGUCCAUUCCAAGAAGCGACCACCCAUGUGAGGGGGGAUUUUGAUGUUUUGGGGGCCCUACUAAUGAUGGAUAAUGUUGAACAGCAUAAUUAUGACGCAAUAAGGAAAGCUGGAAUUAGAACAGGUGUUCAUCCAAGGCUUAUUUUUGAAACCACAAUUCGGCAGAAUGAUACUUUAGUGACUGAGUUUGCUGCUAGUGGAAAAGAUCAAGAUGAUGGUUUAGGUAGGCCGCUUUCCUUAACCAAAGUAUUCUAUGCUGCAAAUGUCAGUGAUUGGUUCUCUGUGGUUGCAAUUCCAGUCGGAGCUCAUUGCCAUGAUAUUGGACUUGCGACAAAUUCUCCUCAAGAGAGAAGGGGCCUUACCAAUUAUUCAUUGUCAGGACCACCUUUAUUGAAUCAACAUAACGGUAGCGGCAUUGGCAUAACUGUAAGAAAAUCAAAUUUUCUUGCUUCAUUGGCUCAGUUUGUCAGUGUACUAAGUUUGCAGCCUGGUUCUGAUGGAUUUUCAAGAUAUUUCAGCACUUUUGGACAAGUUGUCUGUCAAAUUUCUAGAAGCACAAAAAUUUCCCUUCAAGGCGUGCACAAAGGGUCUCAAUUACCGAGUCAGAAAGUCAAUCUUGGAGCCUUAGCCAUGCCAGUAGGCAUUUUCAAACGCAACAAAGUUCCUGAAACAGCUUUGGAGGAAUCUGUUCAACCGGUAGGGACUAUGACAGCAGAAAAUGACUCCAGAGGUUCCAUAGCUCUAAUGCUGGAGUCUGAGCUAGAUGAGAGUGCUAGAAUUGGAGGUUGGCUUGAGAUGAAAAGAUCUAAUGCCAAAUGUCUACAGUGGGCUGUUUCAAUGCGUGACACUCCUGAAGAUGAUUUUGGAUGGGGUUUGAGUUUGGGUGGAUCUAUGCAAGGUCCCAAAAGUUGGGAACAUUUUCAGGUUGAAAGUUUUCUAAACUUCAACUUUGGUAAAAGAUUCAGCUUGCAGCCUGCUCUUGUAUAUGUAAUGGACAGGACUACCCAAUUUCCCGUCCUCUUGCUUCGGUCUAGUUGGUCCCUAUAA